AUGGAUUUUCUAGCACAGCAGAACAUCGAUGUGUUGCAGUGGCCUGCGGUUUCACCCGAUCUUGCACCAAUCGAGCACGUCUGGGAUGAGAUGCAACGUCGUGUACGUGCACUGCCUAACCAGCCGCUGACGUUGAGAGCGCUUGGUCAGACGUUAGUACAGAUCUGGAACGGCAUUCCCCAGGCAUUCUUCAACAAUUUGUUACAGGAUGUCACUGACGUCAAAUCAGAUGAUGAUGAUGAAGAAGAGGAAGAAGAUUCUGAUGAUGAUGAUGAUGAAGAGGAUGUUGAACCGAAGCUCAAGUACGAUAGGAUUAAGAAUGACUUGAUUGGCAUUUUUAAUAAGGAUGCUGCCAGCUGUUUGGCUGUCCAUCCCAAGUUCCUUGCUCUUGGAACACACUGGGGAGUUAUCUACAUUCUUGACCACAUCGGCAACAAUGUUCAGGAUAAAGAAAUGAAUGCUCACACAACAACUGUGAACGAAAUAAGCAUUGAUGACAAUGGCGAGUAUUUGGCGAGCUGUUCAGAUGAUGGCAGAGUGGUGAUCACAGGUUUAUAUGCCACAGAAAACAACCAGACGGUUAUGUUUGACCGUCCUGUGAAAGCGGUGGCACUGGAUCCGUAUUACUACAAGUCUGGAGGUGGACGGCAUUAUGUUACUGGUGAUGAAAAGCUCAUCCUGAAUGAGAAAGUUGGCUUUCUGGGUCGUCACAAGAUGAGUGUUUUACAUCAGGGUGAAGGACCAAUCAGAAACAUCAAAUGGAGAGGAGAUUUGAUUGCCUGGGCCAAUGACAGGAGUGUUAAAAUAGUUGACAUGAAGUUACGGGCGAUAAUCACAAACAUUGACAAAGAUCAUGAUUUUCGUCCCGAACUCUACCGUUGUAAUCUGUUUUGGCGAGAUGACCGGACAUUGCUUGUUGCCUGGGCCGAUCGAGUUAAGAUGUGCGUUGUCAAAGACCGGGUGAGACAAGAUGCAAGAGAUCUCCCCAGUAGAUACGUAGAAAUAGUGGCUAUGUUCACAACUGAUUACUUCGUGUGUGGAAUCGCUUCCCUGGGCACUUGUAUCGUUCUUCUGUCCUAUGAAAACGAGGGUCACAAACAGGAGAGUGGACGUACUGUUGCAAACCGACCACACUUAAGAAUCUUAGAGCCUGAAAUGAAUACAUCAAAAGAGAUUUCAAACGAUGCCCUGUCUAUACGUGGCUUUGAAGAGUACCGUUGUAAUGAUUACCAUUUAGAAAGUAUCAGUGAGGAAAAUCUGUUUUACAUUGUGAGUCCGAAAGACAUUGUGGUUGCGAAACUACGCGACCAGGAUGACCACUUGUCUUGGCUGUUAGAACACAAGAUGUUUGAGGAGGCAAUGGCAGCAGCAACAGAGCACAAUAAGGAGUUAAGACGACAUACAUAUGAGGACAUAGGCCGACAGUAUCUGAAUUACUUGCUGGAAGCGAAGUGCUACGAUGAAGCAGGUCGACUCUGCAUCAAGAUCCUUGGCAAGAAGAAAGCAUUGUGGGAAGCAGAGGUGUUCAAGUUUGCAAAGAUAAAACAGCUGAGGGCAAUUGCUCCUUAUUUACCGAGAGAAGACCCCAAACUGAGUCCAGCUGUUUAUGAGAUGGUGCUGAAUGAAUUUCUUCACACCGAUGAACAGAGGUUCUACCAGUUGAUAAAAGGAUGGCCUCAGGAUCUUUACAACAUUGAAACAAUUAUCAAUGUUCUUUUGACCCGACUUGACUUUGACCGCAACAACAGCAUUUUGCUUCAGAGCUUGGGACAGCUAUACACAUACCAACGAUCCUUUGAUAAAGCCCUUGCCAUAUAUCUCAGGUUACAACACCCGGAUGUUUUCCAGCUGAUUUACAAGCACAACCUGUUUGACUCCAUCAGCGACAAGAUCAUCCAGCUGAUGAAAUUUGACCAAGACCAGACAGUUAAAAUGCUCAUCGACAACACUGAUAAAGUUUCAGUAGCUAAAGUUGUUCAGCAAUUGGAAAAGACAACAGAGUUUUUAUUUGUGUAUUUAGAUCAGCUGAUACAAAAGGAUAAGAGUUUGGCACAGGAGCAUCAUGGCAAAAUGGUUCAACUCUAUGCCGAGUUUGACCGAUCAAAGUUACUUCCCUUUCUCCGACAUAGUGAGUCUUACCCUCUACAGAUGGCAUUAGAAGAGUGUGAGGCAAGGGAUUUCCACAAAGAACAAGUCUUUUUGUUAGGACGUAUGGGUAACGUAAAACAAGCUCUCCAGUUGAUCAUGGAGCGUCUUGGUGAUGUUGACCAUGCCAUUGAUUUCUGUAAGGAGCAAGUGGAUGAAGAACUGUGGGACGAUCUCAUCAAGUAUUCCAUGGACAAACCUCACUUCAUCACAGCCCUGCUGCAGAAUGUUGGAGCCCACAUAGAACCAAUCAAGGUGAUAGACCACAUCCGGAUGGGAAUGGAGAUACCCAGUCUUCGAGACUCGCUUGUUAAAAUUCUCCAGGAUUAUAACUUACAGAUCUCACUGAGAGAAGGCUGUCGCCGUAUUCUGGUGGCUGACAGCUUCAAUCUGAUGGAACGACUUGUGAAAACACAGAAGAAAGCAGUUUAUGUAGAUGAAUUUCAAGUUUGUCAGAUAUGCCAUGAACAGUUAAUUGUAAAUGAUGUGCGAUACGCCAGCAAUAUGGUGGUCUUCUACUGUCGACACUCAUUUCACGAAGACUGUUUAAUAAACUAUCAACACCCUGAUGUGAAAAGCUGUAAAAUUUGCACAACUCAGAAACGUGGACCUGGAUCACGAGAACACUUUGUAAAAUGAUUGAAGACAAAAAAUAAUGUGUGAAGUCAUUCAUCCUGGAUGGGGACACUUUUUCAAGUGGUUUUGUUUCCUAAUCAAGGGAAUAUUGAACAAUUCAUUCUGGAUGCCAUCUUCAUGAGGUGAUUUGACUUGGCUCACAAGAACAAAACUUUACUCUAGAGGUCUAUAUUGAGAAAUGUCCGGCCAUGGAUGUUGAGUAGUAUUUCCCCCGACAUCUGUAUCUUUGCAGAGUGAAAAUGUGUAUUCAUUCGAAAAGAAACUUCUGUGUACUUAAAAUUUGACAGAGAAUAGAAUUAACACUUCUGUGUAUUCUUUUAUUAACUUUUCGAGAUUUCGUGAAUUUAAUACGACAAGAAAGACAAAUUUGAGAUCUUGUAAAAUUAGUGAGCUGUUUGAAGGAGAAUGUAUGAAGUUGGUCAUUUAGAUGUAAAUAAGAUGACUGGAUGAUGUGCAUGUAAUUUAAAUUAAGUGAAAUAAAAGUGGCUUUUUCAAGUCCAAUGUGUCAUCGUAAAAUAGCUUUUAGACAUUAAACUGUCAUUCCUUGGGCUUGCUAAAGCUCACCAGA